AUGACAAAAAUCACCUCAGUUCUUGCAUUAGUUGGUCUAGUGUUUUCUUGUCUCAGCUUAAUUACUCAAGCCGAAUAUGAUCCACCCACUUCUGUCGGAAAUCCUGAAUUUCCUGAGGAUCUGGUGAUCCCACCUGAAAUCGCAGUUGAUCUCGAUAAAAAUAAAUACGCUUUCUCAUUGUGCCCUAUAGCAGUGGUUCAAUAUAAAUGCGCGGCUGCUGGCUGGGAGUUUGUUGGUCCACUUGGAGUUCUCGUCAAUGAUUGUAAAGACUUUAAAGAAGUCAUUGACCAUCCUGACUUUGUUACCGCGGUAUCACUUUUUGAUACUCAAACUUCAAGUACUCCCUCUGGAGGGUUCAGAUCCGCAAUACCAAGUGACACCUCGUCAUCUCUUUUUAGGGUCGAAACAACUGUAGAUGCACCAAAUCCUUCCGAAGAUAAUGCUUGGCUUAGAUCUGUAGCUUUUGGUCAAACUGGGACAGGCGCAUUUUCAGAUGUGACCUAUCUUCAAAGAGUCAAUACCAAAGGAGGAAUUGCACCAUCGCCUUCUCUAUGCAAUUCCACCAACAAUGGAUAUGUCUACUCUUCACGUUUCAGCGCUAUAAUUUUAUUCUAUAAGAAAAAAUAA